CAGAGUUUUAGUUGUUCAAAUAUGGUGUAAACUGAUAAAUUCAAAAUCAUGCAGUGUGUUAUUUUCCAAUGUUUUUAGGAUUUUGAUGGUUUUAACAAAAUGUUUUCAAGUGUUUUACGGUAUUUACGAUGAUGAAAAGGACUAACGAAUAGUGAAAAGUACCUUUUUUUCUCAUAUAAACCGAUUGAGCAAGUGCAAAAACAGACGAUUAAAUUAACUUCUUUAAGGUUGAUUUGGUACAAUGGUAUUUCUUCUAUAUUUGUAUCAUAUUCUGUGGUUUUUAAAACAUCACAAAACAGGAUCAUUUGUUAAGAAUGCACUGAAAUCAUGGGCUGCCAUUAAGAAUGUCGAACAAUUAAGAUGUCAGUGGUGCAGCGAUCAAGGUCCAGCAGUCAGGUAUUGUAAAAAUUGCGUUAAACUGCUUGACCGCCAGUGCGAACUUUUUCACGAAAAGAUCCCUCCGUAUCAACUACACACAACUUUCGAUAUUACUACAGAAGGUCUUGAUUUUCAAAUUUCGAAUUUUGCUCCAGGAAUGUUUUGCGAACAUCAUCGGCAUAAGCUGCUUGACCAUUAUUGCUCCAGUUCCGGUAUUUUAUUAUGCGAAGAAUGUAAAGAAAACGGUGACUUUAAUGUGGACGAAAUAGAACAUUUUUUUUCAUUGCAAGACUCGAUUUAUGACACAAAGAAAUUGAUUCAGGAAAUACUUCAUACACAUCGUAACUUUCCGGAAAGUUCAGAGAUGAUAACAAUGUUAAAGUGGAUUGACGUUUCUUUGGGACUUAUUCCUGAGUUCGAUGAUUUCGCUGCAGUACCACUUUCACCGGAUAUACGAAGAGUAUUGGAACAAGAAAUAUCAUCCUCGAAUCAAGUUUUCAUCAGGUGUAGCGAAGUAAGAGAUAAAAUGGAAGGCUUACAAAUAGAAAUGCGUAGAAAAUUUUUGUCCAAUACCAGAGAUGCAAAUGAACAACAGGCAAAUGAUUUCAGUCAUCACCCAACGGAGCUGUUACAUAGUAUUCAAGAUGGUGCAAACAUCACUGACAGCCAUACCAAUAACGAAAGCACAGCAAAUGUUCAUGUUUUACAAGAAGCAGAUCAAAGCCAGAUCAACACAAACAGUUUUGAGGACUUACAUCCAUUUUAAAUAUGGCCUAAAGCUUUUAGUCUAUAUAAUGUUUUUGUAUUCUAUUUCAAACGAUAC